GAAUUGGGCUGGGAGCUCUACCAUAGAAAAGAAGAUUCUGUAGCUCUUUACAGUGCAAUCAUGGAAGCUGGCCAAAAAGAGGGAAUUGACAACUUUGGAACAUAUGCUCUGAAUGCUUUAAGGCUGGAAAAGGGUUUCCGAGCCUGGGGGGCAGAGAUGAACUGUGACACUAAUCCCUUGGAAGCUGGACUGGAAUACUUUGUGAAGCUAAACAAGCCAGCAGACUUUACAGGAAAGCAAGCACUGAUGCAGAUUAAAGAAAAGGGACUCAGGCGACGACUAGUAUAUCUCACCCUGGAAACAGAUAAUGUUGAUCCAGAAGGCAAUGAAAGCGUGUGGCACAAUGGCAAGGUUGUUGGCAACACCACAUCUGGAAGUUUCAGCUAUAGUGCUCAACAGAGUCUGGCUUUUGCAUAUGUUCCCACAGAACUCAGCAAAGUUGGACAGAAAUUGGAAGUUGAACUUUUAGGGAAAAAUUAUCCAGCAACCAUUAUACAAGAGCCACUGGUGCUUACCGAACCCAUAAGAACGUGCCUUCAGAGAAAGGGUGAAAGUCCCAAAAUAUAAACACAGAUGAGGAUACAGCAAAUGGUGCAGUAGGAAAUAGUUCUAUUGAUAUGCAUGAAAUUAAGAGAAUCAAACUACUCAGAUUUGCUGAUUACUAAACACAAGAUCCUCAUUGCCAUACAUCAGUGAGAAAUUUAAUGGUGUUACCCUCUUGCUUCCUUAUAUGGGCUGUUCGCAUUAGAGCUCUGAGCAGAGCUCAUGAACUAGUACACAUUGCCGUUUUCAUAGAACUUGUGACCAGAAAGCGG